UGGCUGGUGUUAACAAAAUAAACUGCUGCGCACGCACACAAGAUGACAAAAUAUAGCACGCGCGGUCUGGCUGUCAGACAUCAUUGGCGGCCUGCUGUACGCGCUGACCUCACUGAUCAUUGUUCCUCUGUUCACGGAUUUCACGUUAACUUCUGCUAACAUGUUCAGCCUCGUUUUAACCCAGCUGUCUGUCCGAGCAGGCGGACCUGAGGCAGUCUCAAUGUUAGUGAACUUUAAUCGGUUUAAACAACAAAAAAAUAUGCAGCUCGUGUAUCCAGGAAGGAGCCACAGGAUAGAGCAGUUAAAUCAGCUGAAGGAGACUGUUAAACGCCAACAAACAGUCUAACAUCCCCAUCCAGUAAGAACCAGCCUAAUGUGGGGUGUUAGUCCAUGUCAGACAGGAAACUUUAUGUUAAAGGACUUAAUUUAGAUAACAUAUGAGUGCUAACCGGGUUAAUUGAUGCCGAACAGCAGUAGCAGCCAGCUUCCCUUUAAACCUUUCAAAAUAAAGGAGACAUUACUGCAGCAUAAUAUUAAUUCUCUAGAAUCUAGACAUGUUAUAUCAGGUGUAUUAAACAUAAGGGCCGGGAACCAUAAUCAGCCCGACAAAGACUCCAGUCCAGGCCACUGGAAUGCUGUGGAGAAUUUGAAGGAGUGAAUAGAUUUGAAACUUUCAGUGAUAUUCUCACAAGUUUUCUAGCUUUUCCUAUUGAUAUUCAUGCUACACCAAAUAAUUACCCAAGAGAUAAACAAUUAAAUGACAUAAAAGUUUUUUUUUUUCAAUAUCUACUGUAGAAAUAUUCUGUGUCAGGAAAAAAGAACGUCAUUAAAAAUACUAGACAGUUUGGGCAAUUAGCUACCAGAAGUUGUUCUGUUAUUGUGCACAUUUAUCACAUAGAAAAACUAUAACAUAUUCUUGCACUUGCACUUGUUUUUCUUAUAUUUAGAUAUGCCAGGGAUUAAAUGUGAAGUUAAACAUCUUGCUGUUCUUGCUGCCCACUUAAGAUCAGUAUUGGCUUUAUGUGGCCCAUGAUGUCAAAUUAGUUUGACAUCCUUGUCUUAGAUACCAUAAGCAAAAAAUGCAUACUUUAAAAUGAAGGUAAACGUGAUGCACGGAGCACUGUAUAGUUAGUAGUACUGUGUAAACGUUUUCAGCCAUGCUUCAUUUCUUUAUAGUUGACCUUUCAAAAUAAGAAAUAGUUACUGUUUGCCAUAGAAAUGUUUUUAUGUAUAGGGUUUUCGAUUUGUAAGGGGAGGUAAAUCACAAACCUGGAACAAGCCAGUCGAAUUCCAGUGCCUGUACUGCAUUAGGAAGUCAGGAGUGGUAGAGAAGUAUGUGAGGGCGGUGCAGAAUGUGUUUGAGGACAGUGAGACAUUAUUAAGGUGCAAGUCUCUUGAUACUCGCAAGGGUGAUGGACAGGCUGACAGAUGAGGUCAGGCAGGAGGUGGUAGUCUGUCCCAGACAACGUGAUCUAUGGUGAGAGUAGGGAGCAGGUGGAGGAGCAGGCGGCUGUAUGAUCUGUUGAGAAGGUGAACGCAAAUCCGUAGGUGCGAGGCAGAAUACAUGUGUGGGAAAAGUCAUUUGCAAAGACUAGAGGUAGUGAAGGGGUGAAGUGCAGGCGUUUUUGUUACCUGGGGGCAAACUUACAAAGCAACAGACAGUGCAAAGAGAGGUAAAGAAGAGUGCAAGCAGGGUGGAGACAAGUGUGACAGGUGAUUUGUAACAGAAGAGGUUGAGCAGUUUGGAGACAGGACAUGUUGAGGGUGAUUGAUAUAUUGGAUAAAAGAUGUUGCCAGGGAGGAGGAAAAAGAGGAAGACCACAGAGACGAUCCAUGGAUGUUGUAAAAGAGGACAUGAAGCUCCAGUAAUGAUUUUAUUCGUCCACGAUUAUUUUGAAAUCCGCUUCGCCCUACAUCCGGCUUUGCACCAGUGUAGCUUGACCGCUGCCUGUUUAUCCAACCUACGAUCUGUUUCUCGGGAUCCAUUGAGGAUCCUGGCCCGAGCCAAAGCGAAGCUUAAAAAUCGGGGACUCUGUGUGUUUCCCUUGGCUGUCAGACACCUUGACACGACCGCGGUCGGUUUGCCGUUUAAACGGUCACUGAGACGUCGGAGGAGUAACAGGCAGGUAGACAGACAAACGAGCACCGGGCUGUCUGGCGGAGGGGGGCUGAAAUGUGAGCGCCUCUGCAGGCUUGCGUCAAAGCCAGCUAACGCUAAACCGUGAUAGGACAAAGUCAGCGAGAAAGACGGUUAAACGGCCACGUUACCUCGUCAGAGAGCCGGCCAGCUCACGGGCCGGGCUAUUUUUGGCACGCGCACACACACAUGCUCAGUUUAGCUGGCUGCCAGCCACGGCUGUCACUGUCGGCGGGUUUUUAAAGGAGAACCCGGGCUAACGGCGGAGCUGGUCGGUAACCAGCCUAUCCGUCAAUCGCACGCUGACAAGGGGCGGAAAAAUCAGGGGAAAGGAGAUCCGGUUAAUAGCCUGACGUCGUAUCGCAGCGAAGAAGGGGGGCCUCACAGCUCACACAUGAGGCCCAGCUGAAAGGAUGGAUCUGAAUUUUUACUCGGAUUUAACGGACGGUACCGGGCAGCACGACGGGGAUCCGGAGUUCCUGGAUCCGCAGUCUUUCAAUGGGUUCGACUCCGACAACAAGUUCCCUGGAGGCAGCGACAACUACCUGACGAUUCCUGGUUCCGGCCACCCCUUCCUCUCCUCUUCAGAGACGUUCCACACUCCCAGCCUUGGCGAUGAGGAAUUCGAGAUCCCUCCCAUCUCUCUGGACCCGGACUCUGCCCUCUCCGUGUCAGAUGUCGUGUCCCAUUUCGGGGAGCUGUCAGAAACUGGACCCUCGGACAGCGUGGUGGUACCUGGGAACGCCGUCGUUGAAGGUGACGACCCCUCGUUCGCGUCCACUUUUGUUAGUGCGGCCUCUCAGGGACUGGAGCACCUGACUCUUGGAGUCAUGACCCAGUCAGGAGGGAAUACUUUGUUAGGGUCGUCACUGGGAAUGGAUCUCGGUCAUCCCAUUGGCUCUCAGUUCAGCAGCUCGUCCCCGGUAACCAUCGACGUCCCUCUAGGUGACAUGGGCCAGGGUUUACUGGGGUCCAAUCAGCUCACCACUAUAGACCAAUCAGAGCUCAGCGCUCAACUGGGGCUCGGCUUGGGUGGCGGGAACAUACUUCAGCGGCCGCAGUCGCCCGAAAACCCGCUGUCGGCCACAGCCUCGCCCACCAGCUCGCUCCAGGAUGAUGACAUGGACGACUUCAGAAGGAGCGUCCUAGUCGAAUCUCCAGUCUCUCUGGCCGUCUCCCCUGGAGUCAUCUCCCUCGAUCCCUCCCCGUCUGAAUCCCCGCUGUCUGCGCCGACCUCCAGCGUCUCCUCUGCUACGGGAAGGAAAGGAGGAGCAGGAGGGGGGAAGAAGGGGAAGAAGAAGAAGGAUCCCAACGAGCCCCAGAAACCUGUGUCGGCCUACGCUCUGUUCUUCAGGGACACACAGGCAGCUAUUAAGGGACAAAACCCCAACGCGACUUUCGGAGAGGUCUCCAAGAUCGUGGCGUCCAUGUGGGACAGUCUGGGGGAGGAGCAGAAACAAGUUUACAAGAGGAAAAACGAAGCAGCAAAGAAGGAUUACUUGAAAGCGCUGGCAGAGUACAGAGCCAGUCUCAUUUCUCAGGCACCUAUUGAGGUCAUGGAAACCACACCAUCACCCCCACCUUCAGCCCCAGCUCCUGUGGUCACAGCCAUGCCUACGCCCAUCCCCAUCCCCGCCCCCACCCCGCCCACCCGGCCAACUAGGUCGCAGCACUACAACCCAGAGGAGAACACCAUCACCAACAUCUGUACCUCCAACAUCAUCCUGGACCUGCCUCAGGUCACCACCCGGUCCCGCACCGGGGCCAUCAAACCGCAGCCUCCACCAGCGAGCACUGCCCUCAACACUGCCCCCAUCACCAAAAUCAUCAUCAAGCAGACACCGCUACCCUCCGGCGGCAUGUCAGCUACGGUGACGACCGCCUCCUCGCCCCGCCAGCCUCCGCCGCUGCAGCAGAUGCAGAGCACCCCUCCUCCACCCCGGCUGCAGCAAAUGGUGCACGCCCAGGCGCCCCCGCCUCUCCAGGCCAAACCGCGUGGAGGAGGGGCGGCGGCAGCCACCACUGCUCCGCCGCCGCUUAAGGUAGUGCCUUCAGCACGCCAGUCAGAUUCAAGCGCCUCGAUCAUUGUGACGUCAACGGGGGAAACCCCCACGACAGUGUCUGCGACCACCUCUGCUCUGGCGGUGGAGGUUGGACACACGGGUGAGGUGACGGGAGGAGAGGAAGUGGCUGAAGGCGAGGAAGGGAUGGAGGUGGAGGUUAAUGUUGCUCCUGGCCCGAGUGUGACUCCCACCGCCAGCACGAACAUUUGCGUGCGCGCCGGCUGCACAAACCCCGCCGUGGAGAGCAAAGACUGGGACAAAGAGUACUGUAGCAACGAGUGUGUCGCCACACACUGCAGAGACGUUUUCAUGGCCUGGUGCGCUAUCCGAGGGCAGAACUCCACCACGGUAACAUAGGACCGGGACACACCUGAGGGGAGGAGUGAUGCUCGGAGACGGAAAAGGAUGAGAAUACCACAUGAAAUGCAAACGGACAGAGAAAAGACUGAAUAAUAGACUCAGGUAUUGGCACAUAAUGGUUUGUUUUAUCGUGCUCAUGUCAUCUUGUGGACACACAAAAAGAAAGAAAGGAAAAAAAAGAAGUCCCUGUGUUGUACCUCCCACAAGAAGCUUCUCUAGCAGAAUAAAACAAACUCUUGAGUCAUCUGCGAAUACCACGAUCGCGUGGACGGCGAAGAAACCACAGAGGCUCGGCUCUGCUGCUCCAGACAUUUCCUGCUCUCGAUCAUUGAUUGUGAAUUUAAAACACAGACUUGAUAAAAAGUAACGUUUUAUACAGGCUUAUGGUGUUUUUAAUUGUUUUGAAAAGAUGGGGAGAAAAGAAAAUCAUCACAGACGUAUUCAGUUUAUUCAUUUCAGAAAAAUUAAUCUUUAAGUGUGUUUGCUAUUCCCUUUACUCGUCACGGUGAGAAGCGAUCAAUGUGAACGAAUUGAGAGUUUUGAGUCGUCUGUUCUUGAGUAAAGUGGGGCUGGUUUUUGGGUUUUUUUUGUUGUUGUUUUUUUUAAGGAGAAAGGGGGCUGGGUGGGGGAGCAACACGCAGGCAAAAGCACAAAUGGUCUUAAAGCUACUUGGAGUCGUGAAGAGGUUGAAAGGUCUGAAGCCAUUCAGAGACCCGGUGAUCUGCUGUCUGCUAAAUGCUGUUUGUCACCUUUUACAAGCCGCCUGAGGGGAAAAGAAACAAACAAGGUUACUUCCAACUUAAAUAAGGUGCUAAGAUUCAGGAAAAGUAUCUCUGUCUGUCGUUCUUUCUUCCUGCUGGAAGGCCCUGUGUCCUGAGAGCUUUUUAAAUGUGUGCUGGGUUUUUCUUAAUGAGGUAAAGAUUUCUGUUUGAGGAAAGAGAAACAAAAAUAAGAGAGAUGUGUAUCGCAGCAAAAUAACACACCAGCUCUGACAAACACUACUUACUGUAAAGGGAAAUUGGUGUUAAAGCUUUAUUUUUUAACCGGGACAUUGUUUCAGGUGAAACGGAAGAAUGAUGGCUGCUUCCAAAAAACAAACAACGCUUCCCAGUGUGAUGAGAUCCUGCAGCGCAGAUGUACUGGAAAUGUUUUUAAUCAUGAAAUAAAAAUAUUUUAUGUUUCAGUACACUCCUGGUGACAGUUUGGCCUCACGUUUUACGGCUGUAGUAACAAGAAUACAGACUUUUAUUUUCUGUUUAUGAUUUUUCUUCUCAUGUAACAAGGUUAGAUUUGCUGCUGACUGUCUGACUUUGUUGUUGUUUUUAUAUUAAUUUAAAGAAAAAGUUUGUCCGCCGUUCA